ACGUUACACGCCGAUAUGCGUUGUGACCAGUAUGUGUGACCGCUGCGAUGUAAAAAUUGUCUAACGUGUAUGUUGUACGUCGGAGCGCGUGUUUUUUGCUGCAUACAAAUAGAGUGUUUGAAAACAUUCUAAUUAAAAUAAUGGCACGGGUUGUGAAAGUGUUUAGGACUCUGCGGAAUCACUGGAAGAAGUCCACAUUUGCGGCGUGUGUUCUGUCUUACGGAAGCUACUGGCUUUAUGGUAAACACUGUGACAGUGUUCUGCGCACAGAGGCUUGUAUAUUGGCCAGGGAAUUUGGCCGUCAACAGAUAGCUCCUCAAGAACGGCUGAGAAAAGCAACAGUAAUCUUGAACCCUGCUGCUUGUAAUGGGAAAGCCAACAACUUGUUUGAAAAGAAUGCUGCUCCUAUUUUACAUCUAGCUGGCGUGGAGAUUACGGUCGUAAAGACAGACUAUGAAGGCCAGGCAAAAAAGUUGAUGGAGUUUAUGGAACAGACAGACAUGCUGAUUGUAGCUGGAGGAGAUGGCACCUUACAGGAAGCGAUCACAGGAUUACUUCGACGGCCAGAUCAAGACACUUUCAGUAACACACCAAUUGGAUUCAUUCCGCUGGGCUCACACAAUUCCCUGAGUCCCAGUCUCCACUUCCUCACUGACAACAAAGUCAAAGACAUUACAUCUGCAACUCUGUCUAUUCUGAAGGGAGAAACUGUACCUCUUGAUGUACUACAAAUUAAAGGGGAGAAAGACCAGCCAGUCUUUGCUUUGAUGGGACUUCGUUGGGGAGCUUUUAGAGAUGUGGCUGCAACAGUCAGCAAAUAUUGGUACCUUGGGCCACUGAAGACAAAUGCAGCACAUUGGUUUAGUACUCUAAAGGAGUGGCCUGUGGUCCGGGAAGUCACUGUGUCCUUUUUGGCUCCCAAUCUUCGGCCUCCUGACCUCCCCCUGCAGAAGCCCCCCAGGCCAAAUGUGCUUAACCGCAUCUUUCGUAGACUGCGUAACUACUGGGACCCACCUGCUGAAGAGCCUCCAAAAGUGGAGGAGCCAGAGAAUUGGGAGGAGAAGCAGCUGUCGACGUUAGAGCUGUUUAUCCAAACGCACAACAAAAACCCUGUGGAGAGGCGCAUUGAUGACUCCAUGAUGGUCUGUGCAGAGCCUGGAGACUUGACUGUGGGCGAGUUCAUCACUGCCGGGAGUAAAAAAGUAGAAGACCCUACUGUAUUCAGUACAAACUCCACAAAAGUGGAAGCCAGUGCUUGCCAGCUACAGCUGCCAGAGGGUGUCAGUGGCUUCUACAACAUCGACAAUGAGGAGUAUGAGGCCAUGCCUGUGGAGAUAAGGCUGUUGCCACGGAAACUUCGCUUCUUCAUCAGUGGAGAGCGCAGAGAGCAGCUCUCACAGAUGCAGUGAUGAGAAAACCAAACUGGAAAGACGGCAAUAUGGCAGGACAAAGAUGGAUAUACAUAUACAGUAUAUAGAGAAACCAAGCAAAAGCCAUGAAACUGACUUAAUUUUGAAAACGGAUUACUGCUUUGCUGUGAGAUCAUGGCAGUGGGAAUAUUCACUUCGUCUUAAGUUAUUUUUAACAGUUAUGAAGAGGACUACAUUACGGACCAAGGUUUUCUCUACACUUGUAAUCUAUAUAUCAAUGUCUGUCAAAAGGACUGUACUCGAACUUUGUUUAUUAAAAAAAAUUACAAUGUCCAAAAUCAAAA